GAGCAGCGGCUGUUAGUCAUUUUAGUUCGUUCGGUUGGUGAACAGCGAGAACGCGCUAAACGAGCCAGAGAUAAAUAAGAAAAAAUAAUAAAAAAUAAUAUUUUUUAUUAUUUUUUUGGCGUUAGUUUCAAGAUUGUGGACGGAAAAAAGAAUUUUUUCAUGUGAUUAAGCGCGUUGCCAACAUAACAACAUAAAAUCGUAGACCACCGGAGAUUGGAGCAGCAAUCAGAACCGAUCCACACACGAUGUGCCUUUCCACACCGACUAUAAGCAAAGCCGGCACGGCAGCCGUUGAAGGACAGAGUAACGGCAACUGUUGCAUGGGCGAAAUGUGCGGCAAGAAUGACCAAGCAGCAACAUCAAGUGAUACACAAUUGAAACACAGAGGCCAAGCCACAGACGCUACACGAAAGACCAAAGAACAAGCUGAGCUCGAUGAUAAUUUAGUCUUUAAGAAGGAGGAUGUCAUCUACAAGGAGAACGCGGCCAAGAGAGAGCUGCUGCCCAGCAAGGCAGAAGCCAUAGAAGCGGAAGUGGCCUACAAUCCUCAAAUCCGAUGGCCCGAUCUUAUCGCCCAAACAUUUUUGCAUGUCGGCGCCUUAUAUGGCGUCUAUCUGCUGUUCCAUGCCAAGCUCUACACAUUCCUAUGGCUUGCCGCUAGCAUUUUGGUUUCGGGCGUUGGGAUUACGGCUGGUGCCCAUCGCUUGUGGUCACACAAAUCCUACACUGCAUCCCUGUUCCUGCGCAUCGUUUUGGCUUUUAUGUUCACAAUUGCAGGACAGCGCGAUGCUUAUACGUGGGCCUUGGAUCAUAGAAUACAUCACAAGUUUUCGGAGACGGACGCCGAUCCGCAUAAUGCCAAGCGGGGUUUCUUCUUUGCCCAUGUCGGCUGGCUGUUCCUCACGCCCCAUCCGAAGGUUAUUGAGAAGCGCAAGGUUAUCGAUAUGUCCGAUCUGGAGGAGGACGCCGUUGUCAUGUUCCAGCGCAAAUAUUUUAUACCAUUGUUUGCUCUCAUCUCGAUCGGAUUGCCAGUGCUGGUGCCCUGGUACUUCUGGGAGGAGGAUCUGUGGAUGUCAUUCUGGAUCAAUUUCAACAUGCGUUUCACCUGGACCCUAAACGUGGCCUUCUUCGUCAACAGCGUUGCCCACAUGUAUGGCAAUAAACCCUACGAUAAGAACAUCACAUCCGUGGAGGUGCCAAUUGUCUCGUUGCUGGCCAUGGGCGAGGGCUGGCACAACUAUCAUCAUGUAUUUCCCUGGGAUUACAAGGCGGGCGAGUUUGGCAAUUACACCUUGAACGUGACGACGGCCUUCAUUGACUUCUGUGCCCGCAUCGGGCUGGCCAGUGGACGCAAAUCAGUUUCGCCGGAUAUGGUACUGCGGCGUGCGGCAAAAUGUGGCGAUGGCUCCCGAUUCCUGAGCGAUGAAUAUGCGCACAAGGAUCAAGUUUGGGGCUUUGGGGACUGUGAUCUGCCGCGCGAGGAUAUCGUCGAGCUGUCUAAGAUGCAGAAUUGAGUAUUAGCCGUUAAUAAUAAAAGCGUUCGCUUUCUGUUAAGCCCAAGUUACAGUUUAAGUAUAAAAUGUGAAAAUGUGUCCCCCCAUCACAGCCCACCCGAAAUUUUCAAAAUUACCAUGUUGCAUACCCCAAAAUGUACACUAUUCACCUAUGUUGUUGCUUUUGUUACUUAUUCGAGGGCAUUAAACUAUUACAUUUAGCAAAACUUA